UUACCUUAUCCCUAUUUUACUCCAGCGGUGUACAGUUUACCCUGUAACACCACUUUUCAACUCUGCGCAAAACAUAUUGAUCAUGACUACUUUCAACUUCCGCACACACGAUGUCGACGUAUUUUAGCGAAAUUCAACGA